GGGCGUGGCGGAUUCAAGCGGCGGGCGCGCGCCGGUAGCGCCGUUGUGUCCCCGCCACCGCCGUGUCCCCAACGCUGCCGUGUCCCCAACACGCCCCUGCCGCCGCCAUGGAGACCAUGACCUUCCCCCGCUACAGCCCCGACGACAUCAUCAGCUACCUUCGCUCGCACAUCCUGGCGGGCGCUGAGGCCCGCAACCUGGUCAARGGCGACGUGUUCGGCAACCCCAAGCUUGACAUUUUGCACCUGAUUUACAUGAGAAUCCUGCAGAAAGUGUAUGGGAUCCGCCUGGAGCACUUCUACAUGAUGCCAGUCAACGUUGACAUUACAUACCCACAGAUCUAUGAAGGCUUUCUACCUGUCUGUAAUUUGUAUAUUCACAUGGAGCGCUUGCUGCCAGUGUGCCGGAUUAAUGACUUUCAAAUUGCUGAUGUUUUAAACCCAAAGACAAAGAGGACUGUUCGCUUCUUGAGUGGCAUCCUCAACUUUGUGAACUUCAGGGAAUUCCGGCGGGAGGUCUACUUGGAGCUACAACUGAACUAUAAAUCAGCUAUGGAGAAACACCAGCAACUGGAGGCUGCGAAUCGGGAGGCAGCAAUGAAGCUGGAGAAACUGAACACAGUUCCAGUUGAACAUCAGGCAGAGGUCAAGCAGCUCACRGAGAGCAUUCGGGAGCUGGAGCAGCUGCUGAGGCAGGACUAUCGUCGGAAACAGACAGCUUUGCAAGAAGUGAUUUCUCAAAAGAAGACUGAUAUUGCUGAGAGCACCCGAAAACUGAAUGACCUUAAAGUGACUAUGGCUACUUUGAAAGAAGAGCAAGAGCAGCUGAAAUCCAAAAUUGUGGAGAGUCCAGAGGARCUGAAAAAUUACAAAGAACUGAUGAAAGAGACUGUUAAGAAAUUGAAGAAAUCUAAGCAAGAAGUUAUUGAGAAAUAUGAAGGUUACAGGGACCUAGUUGAAGUUUUGCCAGCAUGCCAACUGGAGGUGCAGUUAUACCAAAAGAAGAUGGAGAGACAGGGAGCAAAUGUGGAGAAACUGGCCAGUGUAUUAUCAGAGGUCAGAAACCUGGAGGACCAGAUUGACAGUGCUCAGGCAGAGCUGAAAAAUGCAAAGACAGAUGAAAUGUCCUUAAAGAGAGUGGUCACUGCAAAACAUGAGAGGCUUUCUACAGCUGAGAUAAGGAUUAAAAAGAUGCGUGAAGAUGUGGAGCAGCACAAGUGCACUGUGCUUGAGCAUUGUAACAAAGUCCAGGAGAAGAGGGGYGCUGUAUAUGACAAAGUGAUGGCCAUUCACAAGGAAAUCAAACAGAUGAAGGGCAAAAUUGAGCAGCUGAAGGAGGAUGCUGAAGAAAAAGCAAGGAAAUCCAAGGAAAUACACCUAAUGUGGAAGGCUGUGUUGGAGAAGACUCAUGAAUCUCUCCUUAAGACAGUGAAGAGUUAUGCAGCCUCAAGAGCAGAAAAAGUUGAUGAAAUAAGGAGAGGGCUGCUCAGCAUUCAGUCUUCUGGAAGUAGCUCUUAAGCCUGUCUGCACUUGUGUUCCACUUYUGUUAUGUUUGUGCUCAUAACUGAACUCAAGAGCUUCUGCUUUGCAUGGGAGGGAUAACAAUUCCRGGCAAAUCCAGCUUUCUUAAAAGCCAUGUCACAACAUGCUUAGCUUCCCAGGCAGAUCCUGAUGUCWUGAGCUCACUGAUAUGGAUAAGAAAACAUUAAGUUUCUAUUGUUUCAGUCAGCACAGGCUUUAGUGGUAAUACUGCAAGUCUUACUAACACCAAAUUGUUCAGCAUUUUAGACAGAAUGCUGUGUUUGCAGUUUGCAGUUCACAGUUCUGCAGUCUUUGAUCUGGGAGCACCUGUUCAAGAUAAGUCAGUAAGAGGUGAUGUUCCACCAUCAUCAUUCAAUUAAUAUUAAAUCCAGACAGAGCAGUAGCAUCCAGUAAAUGCUGGAUACGAGUUACUCGUAUCACAAAUAUUUGUAAGUGUAUAUUUGUAAACAUUCAGAAGUAUCAUUUUAAUAAUCAGUACCCUCCCUCUCAAUGCUUACACUUUAUUGUUUCUGCUCUGUGGUGUAUUGAACCCUCAUCUGUGUUUAUCAGUCUGUGUUAGGAUGCUCUUAAAAAUUAUAAUUGAUACUUGUACCUUAACUUGUGAUGGCACUUGGUGUGCCACAGUGGUUUUAAUUAUUUGGAAAAAUAAAAUGUUAAUUUUUACACUA